AUGGGUGAAAGCCUUUGCAAUGCUUUCUUCAGAAGUAGAAUAAUGAACGAUAGAAAAAGAAGCAUUGGCCUAUGGGCCAUCGCAUUGUACAUUUCAAGAUUGUUUGGUAAAUCGCAGCGAUACACACCUGAAGAAUGGAGAGAGAUCAUGAAAUCACAUCCUUACAUUCCCGCAGGAGAAGACGGGGUUCGAUCACCGUGUCCAGUGCUGAAUACAUUUGCCAACCAUGGUUUCCUACCGAGAAAUGGUCGCAAUAUUACAAAGAAACAACUCGUAGAUUGGUUCAAGAUGUUAGGAGUGAAAGAGUCUAUGGCAGGACCUUUCGUGAGUGGCGUCUUCUAUCUCUAUCGUCGCCCUUCAACCCCGCGUUCGUGGAAGAAUCCUCUCGGAAUGGCUUCUACGAUUGACCUCGAUUGGCUCGACACUCAUGGCUUGAUCGAACACGAUGUGUCACUUAGUCGAAGAGAUGCCAAUAUCCCGCCUUACGAUGCUGUGCACGUCGUGCCAGAAUAUGUGAAUCAAAUGGUUCAGAUCGCUCAAAAAUCUCAUCUUGGAAUCGAACCCGUGGAAUUCGACCUUGCCAACUACUUUGAUCACCGGAAACUUCGUUGGCUCACCUGUAUCGAAGAAAACCCAAAACUGGACUUUUCAUUCGUGCGCCAGGUUAGUGCUGCGGCUGAAGCACAAGUAUUUCUCCAGACGAUAGGACGCAAUGACAAGAUCCCUAUAUCACAACUUUGCAGCUUUUUCAUGGAAGAAAAAAUCCCCGAAGAUUGGUAUCCGAUUGCCAAGCCGAUGAGCAUCACCAAGUCACAAAUCAGCGUUGUGCGAUACAUCCGAGGUGUAAAGAAGAGCAAGGCGACCCUGGAUAUGCUGAACGACACAGAAACGGCCGGCGAGUAG